UAAAGGGGGAAGGGAAAGAAGGCGAGCGGGGGGUGGGGUGGGGUCUUGCUCCGGAGGGGGCGGAGUAGCCUGACUGCUGCGGGGCAAAGGCCAGGAAUGAAUGGCAACCAUUGAUUUGCAACGGGAGGAAGUCGCAGCGUGUCCUGCAGAAACACUGAUCCUGGCCUGCUUUGACCCCAGUUAUCAAGAAUCAGCUCUGCUCCUGUCUGUGCAGCCUCCAGCUCCUGAACUCUGUUUCCAGCACUAAAGCUGUGGUGUGAAGUUUAAGGAACGGGAUUUUAUGUGAAGAUUCCUACAGCAUUUCUUAAGGUGCUAGAAUGACAACAUGGCUACCAAAGGAAUGUAUAAACUGGACGAUGGAAACUGCUGCCCCACCAACUGCUUUCCGGCCCGGAGCCUUUUGCGGUCCAGAUACGAGGAAGGGGCUGGCCACUGGCAAGUGGCCCGCCGGACAGCAGAAAAGACCAAGAUCGAGUUGCUGUUUGGGACAAAAGCCCCCCAGGUUAGGCUGAGAAGACCAGAAACAGCAAGUGGGGCUUAUAGGCUUCUGGACAACAAAACCCUUGACGGCGCACAGCUGAUUAAGCUCCACCACGUGAAAAGCCCAUCACAUUUGUGCUCUGUGGACAUCAGUAACCAAAAUUUUGUCAUGGCAAAAGAAGAAGAUUUUGAGCAGUUUGACUGCGUUGCCUAUAUCAACGCCACAGAAAAUCUCUUGACCUUGGACGCUUUCCGUACAUUUCCUGGGCUCCGGGAACUGGAACUCUCCUUGAACGGCCUAAGGAAUCUAAAAGUCAAUGCCGGGGACUUUCCACACUUGGAAGUCUUGGAUCUCUCUUACAACAACCUUUCUCCCGAGGACAUCCGAGCCCUGGGAGUUUUGUCCCACUUAAAAGCCCUCCAUCUCACCGCCAAUGGGCUCACUUCGCUUCCCCUCGACCUGGCUGCCCCUGAGAGUGAGAGCUCACUGAGGUUCCCGGCUCUGGAAGUCUUGCUCUUGGACGACAACCGCCUCUGCCACGCCAACGUCUUUGUCAGCCUGGCCAACCUCCGCAACCUGAAGCAGUUAAACUUGGACAGAAACGGAAUCAGAGAGGUGCCGUAUCUCCACCACUUGGACAGCGGCCGAUUCUCCAUCCAUCCUUUAUCCGCCAAGUCGGGCAUUAGGGAAGGAUUGCGCAGCCGCAAGAGUGCUGGGAAACAGAUCCGCCAGGAUAAGUCCCCGGCUGGUGCUGGGCAGCCGGAGUACAUUGUCUUCCAAAACAGCAAGGACCCAGACAGGACUGAAGUUAUCUUUCCAUCCUGGUCCCCAGACCUACCAACACAGGACAGUUCUCCUUCACCGCAGAUCGCUUCUAAGGCGUCCUGUGCCAGUUUCAACCCCGAGUUCACUCUUCCCCUACCGGAGCUGAGGUUUCUCAGCCUGGCCAACAACCAGAUCGAACACGAGGAAGAUUUGUUAGCCGUGGCUCUUUUCCCAUCGCUGACCGAGCUGACGUUCCACGGCAACCCUUUCACCACAUCGCGCAGCGGUGACCCGCCUUUACUCACCAGUUUCCUUCAGAACAAGCUGGGGAUUAAAAUGGUUCGGAAGAAAAUUUCAAAACUGGAAAAGCCACGUAUCUUUAUACCCAACAAGCCUAGCCGGAAGGUGAAAGCACAGCUGCCCAAGGUCCAAAAGCGGCCUCAGAUGCUAGAAGACCACCUGGAGACCACCUUCUGGCAGCUGUGGACAGGUGCAGACCUGGAUCCCAAUAAAAGAGCGAGUCUGGAUGAGCCUUUACCACCCAUCAAGAGAUUUUCACUACCGUAUAAACCAGAGAAGCCCGUCUUGCCUCUUAAGGAGGAGGAAAUAUCUGCACCCUCUUCUCUGGAGUGUUGUGUUUGUGAUGCUCCAGCAGACCAGCUCUCAGAAGACCAGCUGGAAGACGUUCCUGAAGGCCAGUCUUCGCUAGCUGACUUAGUGUUUGGAAAUGUUGCGUCCACUCAACCUCCUGUGGAGCAGCUCCCACCUGAACCUCUCCCACCAGAAGAGAAUCUGCCUGAACCCAGCCCUCUGAUCACAGCUCCUUCAAAGGGACAAGACUUGCCCAGGAGGCCUCAGUUCAUCUCAUUGUCUUUGCCAGGGCAGGACCACGGUGCUCCUGUCCCUCCUCCCAACUCACCUUUGCCUUUGCAAGAGCAGGGUCUCUCCGAAGGUUCUCCAGCAGAACCAGAUCAGCUGAGGCCGUUUCCACCCCGCAGCUCGCUUUUGCCAGGACGAAGUAGAUCAGAACCUCUUCCACCAGCUCAUUCUCCCGCAGGGGAGCAGGACUUGUCCGGGUCUCCAGCCAGAUCCCUGUCGGUGGGACAGGGCUUUCCUGAUGCCUCUCCACCAGCUGGACCGCCGGCAGUGGAGGGUGAACACCUGGAACCCAUCCCACCAGCCAGCUCAGCUCCCCAAGGACCGGAGUUGCCAGAACUUGUCUCAGCUACUAGAUCAACCUUAGCAGGUCCACCGAUGAUUCUCCUGCCAACCACUUCUCCUGCAGAAGGUCAAGAUCAGGUGGAGCCACCUCUGCCACGCAGCUCAGCUUCCGAAAGUUUGCCUGGACCUGUUCCACCACACUUGUCUGGGACUCUCCUGCCAACCACUUCUCCUCCAGAAGGGCAAGAUCAGGUGGAGCCACCUCUGCCACGCAGCUCAGCUUCCGAAAGUUUGCCUGGACCUGUUCCACCACACUUGUCUGGGACUCUCCUGCCAACCACUUCUCCUCCAGAAGGGCAAGAUCAGGUGGAGCCCUCUCAGGACCUGGCAGAACCCGUCUCUCCAUCGAUGCCCCGCUUGGAGGAACCAGCUCCCUCUGAGCCCGUUCCACCACCUGGAUCCCCUCCAGCAGAACAAGAUCACCUGGAACCUGCUCCACUGCCCACCUCACGUGCACAAGAGCAGAUUCCGCCAGAGCCCGUUCCACCACCUGGAUACCCUCCAGGGGAACAGGACUUGGCCCAGCCAAGCCCUCCUUCAGCUGAACGGAAUCUUUCUUGGACUUCGCAACCAACCGGAUCCCCUCCAGGAGGGCAGGAUCAUCUGGAACCCGUUCCACCGGCCACCUCACCGGUCCAAGAACCCGACCGAUCGGGUUCCGAGCCCCAAGAUGGAUCAGAGGAAGAGGAGUUUUCAGAAUCUCGACCAGCCAGCUUAACUUCUGUGGAAUGUGGCCUGUCUGGGUCGUCUUCUAGGGAGCUUUACAUGCUCUUUGCCAAAGUCCACUCGAGCACGAAGCCUAUUUUUGAAACAUAUGAUAGUCUUUCUAGUGAGGGCGAGGUGUUUAGCGGCAGCGGGGAGUUCGUGGAGGCAGAGGAAACAGAAUCCAUUUUCAUGACGCAGGUGGACGAGGAGUCUGGUCCCUUGCCGAAGACUGAAAGGGUGGCAUCCCCACGUAAGAUGUCAGGCAAAGGAAAAAGAGAAGCCCAGCCAGUCCCCGAAAAAUACAAGGGUUAUGAAGAGCUGCUCGGCGGAGACCCUGGCGCGGAUUUCGUUGACCCAGUGGGAAUACAGCACAAUGUCCAAGCUCUAGAGAAGGCGCUCCGAUAUCCCCGUGUGUACCGCGAAUCAAAGGCCAGGCUGGACAGCUACCAGAAGCCUUAUGUGCCUGCAGAGAAAAAGGCCUUGAGUGUCCGUCCGCCACCAGCUGAAAAGACCCGGCUGCAGAAGCUGGAAGAAAUCCUCCUGAAGAUGCGCAACCCGACGAAUAUCAUACAGAUGCCGCUAGUGUGCAUCCUGCGGAGGAAGAAAGACAACUGGCGCGAGUACCGGCAGGCCCUGGCGAUGCUGAAGGAGUUCCGGAAGGAGUAUAAAGCGGCAGUGGCCAGCUGCAACAAGCAGGUCGAGUCCAAAGCCAUUAGUAAGAAGGGUACCAGUGCAGAGGAGACGAGCCAAAACUUGAUGCUCGAGGGUCUCCCGGAGGCCGAGGUGGGUGGGCACCUGCUUGAAGAAUCCUCGGUCCCUAUGGAGGAGAAAGGAUUUUCUCCAUCCAAUCCGAAGAAAGCUCAAUUUAAACUGGACUGCUGAAGAACCUCCUCUUUUUACAAGACAUAGAGCUAUUUGCUGUAUUUUCCAAAGAGCCCCUUGUCCCAGGAGGCCAUAGUGGUGUAACUAGCAGCCAUAGGAACAGAGGUUACCUACUUUCAAAACCCUCUGCGAAGGUUUGACCCGCUCGGGGUUACAGGCUAAGAGUAGUUCAGGCUCCACUUCGGUGCAGACGUUCAGAGGCGCAACAGAAAACCGACGGGAACCGCUAGGCGCACUCCGAAAGGCUGUUUCAGGACGCAGUUCCCAUCUAAAUCAUGAGACUUGGACCCGGGCAGCCGCCGCAAAAGCAGUGAAAUAAAGGUGUCAUGGUGGGC